AUGGACUCCGCGGGACACACAUCACUGCCCGACUUCACCUCCAUGUCUCGAACGACGAUAGGCUUGGAUCCAACUUCCUCACAAUCGCACAAGGCAAACGCUGGCGGGGCUAGCGCACAGCCCAAUUUCCCCGACAGGCAGGCACGCCAGGCACGUGUGUCACAACAGGCAGGAGUCAGACUACCCUACCCAGGGACGUCGUGA